UCGAGUCCCUUGCCAAUGCGAGCUCCAAUUGACAAUUUAUUUCUACAAAAGUUAAAUAGCGGAUGAGAGCGAGUCGUUGCUCCAAUUCAGUCGAAGCGAAUCCGUAGUCAUGAGCGAGUCAGCACCCGUCAUUGCGAUCUUUCUUGGCGUAUUAUUGUCGAGUCCAACGUCGGAGGCAUUGGCGAACGUGGAUUACGUUUCGGUAAAAAACAAUGUGGAAUACGCUUACAAUAUAUCGACGAGUAUAGUAGACGACGUGAAAGAAUCGAUAUUUACGAUAAAGUUGAAGUGUCGAGAACGUACGAUCGACACGGUCGCGUGUCGUUUGGAGGAUCCUCAAUAUCAAACGAUCUACCACGUAUCUCCGUGCAACAAAACGAUCGAUCUUUGCAACAAGCAGCAUCUCCGAGCUGACAAUUCGUACAUAGGUCGUUUCGACAUAAAAUAUAAUUCCUCGAGCGUCGAGAGGCUGAUUACGAGUCGAGAAACGUCCUUGAAACAAUUGAGCUUUUAUCGUAUCGUAGCCGGAUUGAUAUUUCCUGGUGUGGAUGUCUCGACGCAACCGGAAGGCACUUAUUCCCUUGUGGAAAAGUCUGUUUAUGGUCGGUGUCAGGCGCUCGUCAAAAUCGUCCGUUCGAGAAUAAAAAUCGACAAAGCCGAGGCAGAAAAUGUGGGCAAGCUCGUUUUUUUCCCGCGUAGAAUAGUCGCUCGCAACGACGACAAAAACAGCACCAAGAUCUUUGGAGAAAUGCUCAGUGUCAAGAGAACGAGAAAUUUGGAGAGCUGCUAUCCGGUUCCGGGUUUGCUGAUCUUCGAUACCUUCUUCUAUCAUCCCAUGAUGACUUCCGUUCAUUAUGAUCUCAAAUCAUCCAUCAGCCGAACAAUCGUGAGAGACAGAGCCUUCACUUCGUACACGACGGAGGAAAUUGGAAUGAAGAACAUCGAAAAACCAGGGGGAAAUACGACGAUGCUCCACGUGGUAACAACUUUGGAACUGCACUCGAUUGACCGGAUCGACAAACCAAUCCCACCUAUUUUCGAUCCAAUUAGCGUCGACCUGCCCUUCGUCGAUGGUUUUAAUCCUGCGGAAAAGUACAACUCGUCGACCGAUGCGAAUAAUACAUCGAAUAGCAUUUUAAAAAACGAUUAUUCGACUCGUAACGAUACUCGCGAUAAAACGGCUCAAUGAUUCUCGAAGCACACGCGUCGAAUUCGAUCUUCGAUGUGCUCAAUUGGCUCGUCACGAUUCCCAAUCGUUGUUGUUUGUUUUAACCCGCCUCGUGUACUCCCCUAAAAAUCAUCAAUCCCUCAAACUGCUUACUUUGAAAAUAAAAUGAGGAAAAAAAUAUGAUAGAUUAGUUUUAUGGACAGCGCGAUGAGUGCGAGAAUCCGAAUGGUGAAGCCCCGAGUCUACGGCUGUUAGCAAAAUGAACAAAUUAGUUUUGAUUCGAAAAAUUCUACGUGUACUGGAUGCAGUACAAAUGAUGAUGAAUAGACCCGAGCCCAAAGGUCAUUUGCGUCAUUGAAUGGACCUCGAAAAAUAAUGAAACGCUCAUAUGUGAGUCGUGAUAGGGAGAGGCGAUCAGUUUGCUUCGUGAUACGAGAGCGCGAGCAGUUGCGUCUCGUAACACGGCUGUUUUAGCUUCAAUUGCUGAAGAAAAAAAAAAAAAAAAAAAAACAAUUGAAUCGAACAGCAUGGAAAUCACGACGAUUAUCAUAACGAUAUGUAUUUUGUUAUUCGGUUAUUUAGUGUAUAAUCGGUUGCUCGGUCCAUUGGAUUAUUGGAAAUCGAGAGGAAUAGCUUACGCAUCGGGUGCGAUUCCAAUAUUCGGUAACACGUUAUCCGUGUACAGAUUGAAGGAUAAUUUGUCAACGUUGAGCGCCCGGAUUUAUGAGGAGAGCGUAGGAAAAAGUGUGAUCGGUUUUUUCGACAUGUCGAGCCCGGUGUUGAUGGUCCGCGAUCCCGAUCUCGUAAAGGUCGUAUUACAGUCGAAUUUCAAAGCUUUUCAGCACAAUGCUCAAAUACUGGACCUCGAGAAAGAUCCGUUGAUAGGACGCGACCCAUUUUUCCUCCGGGAUAAAGAGUGGCGACACGCCAGACCGAUAUUCGCUUCGACCUUAUCGAUCAACAGGAUCAAGCUGAUGAGUUUGGACAUCGAGAGCGCGUGUCGGUUGAUGAAGGAUUAUUUGAGCUCCGAAUUGGGCGACCGAGAGUCUCUGGAAAUGGAUUCAAAACUAUUAUUCUCGAGGUACACACACGAGGUUGCCGGGAGAACGGUAUUCGGCAUAGAAGCUAAUUCCUUCAAGAAGAACGACUCCGCUAUACUUCUCAAUGAGAUGAAAAAAAUGCUGGAUCCAUCGCCGGUGAAAGGAGCUCUCAUGAAUAUAACGCUCUUACUACCGGUUCUUAAUAAAAUAAUAAAAACGAGCUUCGUACCACCGGAAGUAGACGCCGAGUUCCGGAAGUUGGUUCAAAGCCUCGAAGAGUCGAGAAAAAAAGACGGCCAUCGGAUGGGGAACGACGUCUUCGGAGCGAUGCUCGAUCUUCACAGGGACAAUAAAAUCUCCCGCGAGGAGGCUUUGGCCCACGCUUUUUCCUUUUUCGUCGAAAGCUUUGAAACGAGCAGCUUAACUUUGAGUUUCGUUUGCUAUGAGUUAGGGAAAAAUGAGGAGAUUCAAGACAAUUUGCGUCAAGAGGUUCGUCACGUUUUGAAGACGCACGAAGGUCGUUUGACGUACGAAGCUAUCCAGGAGAUGAGCUACAUGAACAAAGUCAUCAACGAGACUCUGCGCUUGUACCCUUCCGUGGGCAACUUUGUUAGGCUCACCGCGGAAAAGUGUCACCUCGAAAGCGCGGAUGGAUCGAGGCUCGAUCUCGAGGCGAACUCUUCAAUUUUGAUACCGGUGCUGGGACUUCACAGAGAUCCUCAAAUUUGGCAAGACCCCCUAGUUUUCGAUCCCGAAAGAUUUUCCAAGGAAAAUAUCGACGCCAGACACAAGUUCGCUUAUCUGCCGUUCGGCGAAGGACCCAGAGCUUGUCCAGGCUCCAAACUCGGUAUUCUCCAAGUUAAGGCUGCGAUCGCCACUAUUUUGUCGAGUUAUCGCAUCCAAGUUUCACCCAAAAUGAUCGAUCCACCGCGAAUAAAUCCUCAAUAUUUCCUCGUCAGUGCUCUCGGAGGUUUCUGGAUGAAACUGCGUCCUCUUUAAAAUUUUCGGCUCGUAUCCAACAAUGUUUUAAGCAAUUUUCCAUCAAUUAUUCUCCUCUUGUAACAAAGAUUUUUGAAUAAACUGAUUGAGCAAUUACUCACGAUCUGCAGGGAAGUGAAAUAUAAGCCAGUCGCGAUCCCUUCCCCAGCACUCUUAUAGGAGCAAAAUAACAUUUGGUCUGAGUAGUUCGACCGAAUCUUCGAGCCCCAUUGAACUCUCUCCUGGCUCUACUCCAUCUCAACAGUUCAUUCAAGGAAGUUCAAGCGACAUAUGGACAUAAGGAUACCAUACGAAAAAUACAUUGGAUAUUAUUAUUUCGAGUGAAUGAAUUGAAAAUUAGCGUGAAUCUUGUUGAGCAGCGCUUAUAAUUAUGUGUAAAAAUUUGGAGAGGUUUCACUGUCUGGUAAUCGAGAUAUUCAUUGUUGAAAAUGAGAGGUUAAGCAUGGACUGUUACGAAAGCUUUCAAAAAAUUGCGAACUUCAACAAUAAAUAUCUCAAUUUCGUUUAAUACUGUAUUAAGCUUUCCGUUUAAAAAACUUUAUUGUGCAAAAUAGCAGGAAAAUAAUUAUUCCAUAAGAUACGCUUGAGCCUCCUUAAUUGAAAGAGGUUUGCAUAGCGAGCAUGGACUGUAAAAAAUCCUACAUCGAAGUGAGUAUACGUGUAUAAGUUUUAGGAAAAUGAAUAUUACUAUAAACAAAUAUAGAUUUAUUGUCAUUAAAGUGUAACAACGAAAGUUAUUUAUACUACGGAGCCAUUCGCCUCUAAUAAAGCUCUGAUUUUUAAUCUGGA